AGACUAGGCCUCUAGUAUCACGCGGCUUUAUUCACUGUAUAACCGAUCAUUGCGAUCGGAUAGAAUUGUACAGAGACUUUAUAUAUUUGAUCAAUACAUCAUUCAUCGGCAAGGUGAAUUUUAUAUCCUCCAACUUGGUAUCAGGCCAAAGUUUUUCUUUGAUCCUCUAUCAUGACUUCCUCUUCCAAAACUUCGUUUCAUCCUGCUCUUGCAAUCACCUCCAUCAAAAAUUUAAUUCCUCUCAUCCUUGACACCGAGAAAGUCCAGUAUUCUUCUUGGGCGGAACUGUUUAAGAUUACCGCCCGUGCAUACGAUGUUUUGGAUCACAUCAUCCCUCCGAAAAAAAUACCUGCCGCUACUUCCGCCGGCAAGGAUGAUGAAUCCGACGAUGACUCCGAUGGUGCCACCGACUCCAUCGACCCUCUUCUCUGGGAUCGAUUGGAUGCCGUUGUCCUCCAAUGGAUAUAUGGCACCAUCUCUUCAGAUCUCUUACUUAACAUUCUCGAACCGGACUCUACGGCCAUGGAAGCAUGGACCCGAUUGGCCAACAUCUUUCAGGAUAACAAACACGCUCGCGCCGUGCAUCUUGAGGACGAAUUUUCUCACGUUCGUUUGGCCAAUUUUGCCUCUAUUUCCGCAUAUUGCCAGCAGCUCCGCACCAUUGCCACCAAUCUUGCCAACGUCGGUGCUCCGGUCGAACAUAAUCGUUUGAUUUUGCGACUGGUCAACGGGCUCACCGCACCCUUUGCAACAGUUGCUUCCAUGAUACAACAAACGGUCCCUCUUCCGACGUUUGAAAACGCCCGAUCCAUGCUUCUCCUAGAAGAAGGCCGACAAGCACACAGCAUUGAGCAUGAGACACCCUCUGCUUCGGCUCUUGCUGCCACCAUCCCACAACCUGCUCCGACACCUUCUCCUGCUCACCGCCCACGCGGUGGAGGUCGCAGCAGUUCCGGACGUGGAAAGGGUCGCGGACGUCACUCCGGCACUCGUCAAUUUGACCAGUCCUCAUGGCCGCCACAACCCGGAUCCCCAUGGGCCAUUCCUCCUUGGGCCGCAUGGAUGCAACAAUUCUGGCCUACACCUCCAUGUCCAUACCCUACUGCUCCUGGACACCACACCCCGCCCAGAACGCCUUCUGCCGGACUCUUGGGCCCACGGCCCCAUGCACUCACCGCCGGAUAUGGCUACCCACUCCCUGCAGUUUCGACAUCACCCUUUAUGCCCACAGAUCUUCACACCUCUAUGAACAACAUGUCUCUCAACCCUCCCGAUGACACUUGGUACAUGGACACCGGGGCAACCUCUCACAUGACCUCGGACGCAGGAUCUUCGUACAAGAACCCCAAUCCUGCGGUGUAACAGUCAAGGCGACUUGUACCCGGUGUGGCAGCCUCCCAGCCGUGUUUCUCCCUCCCAUCCUAGUUUCGCCGGUCUCUCCUCCGCAGUAUGGCAUAACCGGCUCGGUCAUCCCGGAGCUUCUAUUUUUCAUAGUCUUAGUCAAAAUAAUUUCAUUGAUUGUAAUAAAGCAUUUGAUGCCAUUUGUCCCUCUUGUCAAAUGGGGAAACACAAUAAAUUAUCAUUUUCCCCAUCUCACUCUUAUACACACGCCCCUUUUGAUAUUGUACACAGUGAUUUGUGGACUUCCCCAAUUUUAAGCUCCACUGGUCACCGGUAUUAUAUUUUAUUUCUUGAUGACUUUACCAAUUUUCUUUGGAUUUAUCCUCUAUCUCACAAGUCUGAUGCAUUUUCCACGUUUGUACAUUUUAAUACAUUUGUACAAAAUCAAUUUGGCUUAUCUAUUAAAACAUUACAGUGUGAUAAUGGUCGUGAAUAUAAUAACUCUUUAUUUCACACCUAUUGCUCUAAUAAUGGCAUCUCGUUUCGCUUCUCCUGUCCCUACACUUCCCCCCAAAAUGGCAAAGCCGAACGAAAAAUUCGUUCCAUUAAUAAUAUCACCCGCACACUUCUCCUUCAUGCGUCCAUUCCACCAAAUUUUUGGCCCCAUGCAGUACUUCAGGCCACGUACUUACACAACAUUCUUCCAUCCAAAUCCCUAUCUUUCGCCUCCCCCACACUCGCUCUAUAUCAUAAACAACCAUCUUACUCCCACUUACGUAUUUUCGGUUGCUUGUGUUACCCACAUAUUCCCACCCCUCAUAAGCUUGCUGCCCGCACCAUUCCUUGUGUUUUUUUGGGAUUUCCGUCCCAACACAAAGGUUAUAAAUGUCUCGAUUUAACCACAGGCCGUAUAAUUAUAUCCCGUCAUGUGGUUUUCGAUGAAUCCAUUUUCCCUUUUCAACAACCCAGCUCCCAGCCCACACAGUCUUAUGACUUCCUACAUGACUCCAUCUCCCCCUUAAUCUUAUCUCAAAUAUUAUCAUACGGCCCCACACCUUCCACGUCAAACUCCACUCCAGACACUCAUACGGCUAUGCCUUCUCCCUUAUCCCAUCCACAUAAUACCCCCACGCCUACUAUUGCCCAUGCUUCCAAUAUUCCAGUCCCUCCCAUUAAUCCUACCAAACAACCCACUCACAAAAUGACAACUCGCAGCAAGGCUGGAAUUUUCCGACCCAAACCCGUAUAUAAUCUCAACUCCCAGAAUGUCAACUCUCUCAUAUCCUCUCCCUUACCCAUAUCCCAUGUUGAUGCUCUCCGUGACCCCAACUGGAAAUCGGCUAUGAUUUCUGAAUUUACAGCUCUUAUUAAUAAUAAGACGUGGGAGUUGGUUCCCCGUCCCUCUAAUGCUAAUAUUAUUCGGUGCAUGUGGCUUUUUAAACAUAAAUACAGGUCUGACGGGAGUCUUGAACGACACAAAGCCCGCUUAGUCGUCAAUGGCAAAUCACAACGUCCGGGUAUUGAUUGCGAUGACACCUUCAGCCCUGUCGUCAAACCGGCCACCAUCCGUACCGUCCUAAGCAUUGCUCUUUCCCACAAUUGGCCACUUCAUCAACUUGACGUCAACAACGCAUUUCUUCAUGGUUUUCUUGAUGAGACUGUUUACAUGCAUCAACCACCGGGGUUCAAAGACCCCUCCCGGCCCUCGGAUGUGUGCCUCCUUAAAAAAUCUUUAUAUGGCUUAAAACAGGCUCCCCGGGCUUGGUAUCACCGUUUCGCCUCACAUGCUACCAAAUUGGGUUUUCACCAUAGCAAAGUUGACCACUCUUUAUUUAUCUACAAUCACAACGGAGCUACUGCCUAUCUCUUGUUAUAUGUCGACGAUAUUGUUCUAACGGCAUCCUCUCCCACACUACUUCGUACUCUUAUCUCUCAACUGGGUGCCGAGUUCUCCAUUAAAGAUUUGGGGCAUCUCACCUUUUUCCUCGGCAUUGCGGUCACUCGACGCCCUGGGUGCCUUACACUGUCACAACAGAAAUACGCCACAGAAAUCAUUCACCGGGCAGGUAUGGCAUCAUGUAAACCCUCCUGCACACCCGUGGACACCAGCUCCAAACUGAGUUCCGAUGACGGCCCACCCGUCACAGACCCAACUCUCUACCGCAGCCUCGCCGGUGCGCUCCAAUACCUCACAUUCACUCGCCCAGAUAUUUCUUACGCCGUCCAACAAGUUUGCCUCCACAUGCAUGAUCCCCGGGUUCCUCACUUUGAUGCCCUGAAACGUAUUCUUAGAUACGUUAAAGGAACGUUGGAUUAUGCACUUCACCUCCGUCCUACUACCACGGCCGACUUAGUUGCCUAUAGUGAUGCCGACUGGGGAGGGUGUCCCGACACCCGCCGGUCCACCUCAGGCUUUUGUGUUUUUAUGGGCGACAAUCUCAUCUCAUGGUCUUCCAAGCGACAACCUACUAUUUCCCGCUCUAGCGCCGAAGCCGAAUACCGUGGUGUAGCGCACGUCGUGGCUGAACUAUGUUGGCUUCGAAAUCUUCUUCUCGAGCUUCGUCACCCGGUUUCCAAAGCAUCACUAGUUUAUUGUGACAACGUCAGUGCCAUAUACAUGUCUCAAAAUCCGGUACAACAUCAACGCACCAAACAUAUAGAAAUGGACAUUCAUUUUGUUCGUGAGCGGGUAGCUCUUGGCCAUGUCCGAGUUCUUCAUGUACCCUCUCGAUUCCAAUAUGCUGACAUCUUCACGAAGGGUCUUCCACGUGUAUUAUUUGAAGAGUUUCGGUCCAGUUUGAACAUUCACUCAACCCACGUUCAAACUGCCGGGGAGUGUUAGACAUAUUAUUUUGAUAAUAUGUCACAUACACGAUACAUACAUGCAUGGCACAUGCAUGCGUAACAAACUCCCACAAAGCCGCACACGGCAUAUGUAUACGUAUUAUCUCAUGUGUGCAUAUUAUUAUUAAUAUAUUAUUGUAUAGUCUUAUCCAGUAGUUUAGAUAGACUAGGCCUCUAGUAUCACGCGGCUUUAUUCACUGUAUAACCGAUCAUUGCGAUCGGAUAGAAUUGUACAGAGACUUUAUAUAUUUGAUCAAUACAUCAUUCAUCGGCAAGGUGAAUUUUAUAUCCU